AUGUCUCUUCCUAUCACAGAGAAUGUUCCCGUGAACAAUUCCUCUCUUCCCUCCAAGCUCGAGACGCUAUACAGCAACGGCCUGCGCUCCCUCAAGCAGCAGGGAUCCGACACCAUGGCGCCCGACAAUAGCAAGCGAGCCGUCGCCGAGUGCAUCUCGGAAGACGCCCUCAUUCACUUGAAGUCCUACAAGUACUCGGCCGUCGACAAGUCGCCCGUCUCCCAUUAUAUCCUGCGACCUUAUUGGAAUGCGGCCGUCGAAUUGCUGCCGCUAUGGCUGGCACCGAACAUGGUCACCAUGAUCGGCUUCUUCUUCAUCCUGGCAAACAUUGUGCUGCUCGUCAUCUUCAUGCCCGAUCUGGUGGGACCGGGCCCGGCAUGGCUUUACUACAGCUUCGCCCUUGGUCUGUUUAUGUAUCAGACCAUGGACAACAUUGAUGGCAAGCAGGCUAGGAGGACGGGCACGUCAAGUGGCUUGGGCGAGCUCUUCGACCACGGUAUCGAUUCACUCAACUGCACCCUGGCUAGUUUGCUCGAGACAGCCGCCAUGGGCCUGGGCACAUCCAAGGUCGGCGUAUUUACCGCGCUAUGUCCCUGCCUACCGAUGUUCUUCUCUACCUGGGAGACUUAUCACAGCCACACCCUGUAUCUAGGCUAUGUCAACGGGCCGACCGAGGGUCUCCUGAUCGCAUGUGCCCUCAUGGCUAUUUCUGGGUACUACGGCCCGGCCAUCUGGACGACACCCAUCCGCGACAAUCUCGGCAAGGACCAUCUCUUCGGAUAUGCCGACCAGUUGGGCGAUUUGUGCGUGCGGGAUAUCUGGGUGCUGAUCAUUGUGGGCGGCUUCUUCGUGCACGUCCCCGGCUGCAUCAAGCACGUCGUGCAGGCUCGGCACCGGCAGGGCCUGCCCAUCGCCCCCGUGUUCCUCGAGUGGACGCCGUUCACCAUCUACGCAUGCUCCAUCGCCGCGUGGCUGUACAGCCCGUACUCGACCCUCUGCUCCGAGAACCACCUGGUGCUCUUCUGCAUCACCAUGUCCUUCGUCUUCGGCCGCAUGACCACCAAGAUGAUCCUCGCCCAUCUGACCCGCCAGCCCUUCCCCUACUGGACCGUCAUGCUGUUCCCCCUCGUCGGCGGCGCUCUCCUCGGCAACCUGCCGCGCUUCGGGCUGCCGCAGGUCUCUGCGCAGGUCGAGCUGUACUACCUGUACGGAUACUUCAUCUUCGCGGCGAUCGUCUACUUCCGCUGGGCGUUCCUCGUCACGAACGCCAUUUGUGACUUCUUGGGCAUCAACGCCCUGACAAUUCCGUACGAGAAGCAGAUGGAGAACAAGCGGCUGCAUCAGGUCGCCAACGGCCAGACGAACGGGAUACUCAACGGCUCAACAAAGAGAAAAGACUAA